UUCCCCUCUUCCCUCCCCCUCCCCCCGAACUUUCCCUCUCGCAUGCUUUUCCCCUGCACCACGGAUCGCCUCUCGGAUGCCGCUAGCCCUGAUGCUGCGUUAGGAACAGGCGGCGGCGGUGGCGGCGGCGGCGGCGGUGGCGGCGGCGGCAGCUCGGGAGUGCUAUGACCGGCAAACUCGCCGAGAAGGUGCCGGUGACCAUGAGCAGUUUGCUAAACCAAUUGCCUGACAAUCUGUACCCCGAGGAGAUCCCCAGCGCGCUCAACCUCUUCUCCGGCAGCAGCGACUCGGUAGCCCAUUACAAUCAGAUGGCUACAGAGAAUGUGAUGGACAUCGGUCUCCCCAACGAGAAGCCCAACCCGGAACUCUCUUAUUCCGGCUCUUUCCAGCCAGCCCCCGGCAACAAGACCGUGACCUACUUGGGAAAGUUCGCUUUCGACUCUCCUUCCAACUGGUGCCAGGACAACAUCAUUAGCCUCAUGAGCGCCGGCAUCUUGGGGGUGCCCCCGGCCUCGGGGGCGCUCAGUACGCAGACGUCCACGGCCAGCAUGGUGCAGCCUCCGCAGGGCGACGUGGAGGCCAUGUAUCCGGCGCUGCCCCCCUAUUCCAACUGCGGCGAUCUCUACUCGGAGCCCGUGUCUUUCCACGACCCCCAGGGGAACCCUGGGCUAGCCUAUUCCCCCCAGGAUUACCAAUCGGCCAAACCGACCUUGGACAGCAAUCUCUUCCCCAUGAUUCCCGACUACAACCUGUACCACCACCCCAACGACAUGGGCUCCAUUCCGGAACACAAGCCCUUCCAGGGCAUGGACCCCAUCCGGGUCAACCCACCCCCCAUCACCCCCCUGGAGACCAUCAAGGCCUUCAAAGACAAGCAGAUCCACCCGGGCUUCGGCAGCCUGCCCCAGCCUCCGCUCACUCUCAAACCCAUCCGGCCCCGCAAGUACCCCAACCGGCCUAGCAAGACCCCGCUCCACGAACGGCCCCAUGCGUGCCCCGCCGAGGGCUGUGACCGCCGCUUCAGCCGCUCCGACGAGCUGACCCGGCACCUGCGCAUCCACACGGGCCACAAACCCUUCCAGUGUCGGAUUUGCAUGCGGAGCUUCAGCCGCAGCGACCACCUCACCACCCACAUCCGCACGCACACCGGCGAGAAGCCCUUCGCCUGCGAGUUCUGCGGGCGCAAGUUUGCGCGCAGCGACGAGCGCAAGCGCCACGCCAAGAUCCACCUUAAGCAGAAGGAAAAGAAGUCGGAGAAAGGGGGGGCGCCCUCUGCCUCCUCGGCGCCCACCGUGUCCUUGGCCCCCGUGGUCACCACCUGCGCCUGAGGCUCGGGCACCAGGUCCCUUCUUUUCCCUUCCAGUGCCUCCUGGCUGGUCGCCUGAAAGCAGCGGGGAAAGCCAGUCACCGAGGCGCAGGGGCCGCGCCCUGGUCUCGCCCUGGACGUGCGGCCCCUCUGCCUCCUUUUCGACGCCCAUUUCUACCCUUUCACACCGGCCGGCGGUUGGGGGCUAGGGCUGGAGGCACUUUCUCCUUGCGGUCCCCCCCCCGCCCCCCUUAGCCAAGGCGUGGGGGCGGAAAGGUGGCGUCUAGCCCGCUUUGUUCAGUUAGGAUCGCCUUGAUCCAGGGGCCUCUGGGCCGCGCCAAGGACCUGCGGGGGACUGAAGGCGAGGCCUACCCAACCCUCGCCUGACCCAAGCACCUCACUGUUUUCCCCUCCAGUGUCUCCCUGUGUGCCCCCCUCGAACACCCGAGAGGGGGAGGGGGUAAGGAGCGCACCAAAGCGCCGAGCUUGCUGCCGGCCCGCACGCACGCGCGCUUGCGUGCAGGGAUGUUGCGCGAGUGUGCGCGUGCUCGCGUGUGUGUGUGUGUGUGUGUGUGUGUGUGUAUACGGGCACGCAUGGGUGAGACUCUUGAGCUGAACUGGGCUGUGUCUACCCCCAAACUCUUCUUCACAUAGGGUCCCCAAGCCGUUGGGAGAUGUCCUAGGCUGGGGAUCCGCAUGUGGCCAGAGGAGAUGGUCUUCCAUCUGCUCCUUAAUAAUGUUUCUUACAGAAAUGCCUCGGACGCAGCUGCUGCUGCUGCUGCGCUGCCGCCGCCACCUCGGGUUUGGCCCCUCAGAGCCCCCCUCCUUUUCCGAGAGCUUCCCUCUUAGGCCUCAGGGCAGUUUGAUCUUUGGGGGAGAGAGAGCCACCAUCUCCUGAGCCUGCCUUUUUUUUUUUUUUUUUUUUUUUUUUUUGGGAAAAAAAGAAAAUCAUUUGCUCAACCCCACUUUUCAAAAUCUGUGUUCUUGAGCUUGCCCCCUGCCUUUCCCUCCCAUCUUCUCUUUCUCCCUCUCAGGUUCUCACUUGAUCGCUCUCAAAAUCUUUACCCAGAAAGGCAGGCCUCAAUCAACCACUCAACUGUUUGUCUCUGUCACGUGCCCAUUUCUCAUUUCCUCCAUUCCUGGGAAUGCUGGCUCUAUUCAUUUGCCCUCUGUGAUCGCCAACACAACAGAUAGAAGUGAAAUGUAUGUAUAUGAUGCCGGUAUGUGUGUGUAGAUGUAUGUGUGUGUUUCUUUAUACACAUAUGUUUACAUAACACACUGUUCCUAGCAAAAUCAAAUCUAUGGCAUUUGGUUUAUCCAGCGCAGUGCACUGGAAUAAGGAGAAUUUGUAGGCAUAUACUGCUUUAAAUGAUUUAUUUUUAUGAAAAUGUUAACUGAUGAGAUUAUAUCUACCUGUGUAUGUGUGUGAAUAUAUGGACACACGUGUAUAUAUGCAUACACAUUCUGUUCAAAUGUUCCUCAAAAACAGAUGGGGAUAUUUGCAUUAAUCUGUGUUGCUUUCAUGGCCCCCCCAUCACACCUCCUCCCCACCCUACCUCACCUCUUCUCAGGAGCCCCUCUCCCCCAACUGUCCUGCCCAGCCCUUCCUCACACAGGGUGGCCCCUUUGAAGUGGAGACUUAGAGAAGGGUGCUCUCCAGCGUGGUCUUCACUGAAUGUACUGUUCCCUGUUUGCGUCCCUUCUCCUGUGGCCAGUGAGCUGCCCAGAGAGAAGCGACAAAAGGUCUGGAGUUUACAGAAUGUCUGUUUUUAAAGUCACUUUAUGCGUUUCCCACUUUUUUUUUUUCUAAUUAAAAAGCACCGUCUUUUGAUGGUGGAUAAAUAAUACUAAAAGGACUCUAGUGAAAGGAGAGGAAAAACUCGAAGAGCAGGGGGAUUGUGAAUUUCCAGGUACUCGGGCUUUUUGUAGAAGGAGAAGUUUGCCAGGAGGGCCCAUAUUUUUUCAGCUUGAAGGGUAAAAUCUUUCUUUGCAGAGACAGUAUUUUGCUGAAUACUUUUUAUAAUGUGAUGAUUAUUUAAAAAACACACACAAAAAAUUUGGUCAGUUCAAAGCUGGAAGGAGGAAUCAAAUAUCCUUUAAUAUUUUUUUCCUUCCUCCUUCUGGAAUAUGCAUGUCGCUGCAUGAUAACUCUGACUUUUCCUUUGUUUUAAUAAAACUGUUCUCAGACAUUUAAGCUAAACUAAGAGAAAAAUAACUUUGUUGCCAAAAGGUUGUGCUAUCCCGAUUUUUUUUAUAUGUCUGCAUGUUUAAAAAAAACAGCAAAAGAAAAUGCACUCUAACUUAUGUGAACUGAGAGAAAAAAAAUCAGGUUUUAAACAGAAAAACCUAUGGGGAAUGAUAUUUUUGGAAAGACUUUUGUAUACAGUUGAGUACUUAGAAAAAGACAAACCAGAUGUAAUAUAUUUUGUGGAUGUUUUUAUUUCUUGGAUUUAUAGUACCUUAUACUAAGGUUAAAAAAAAAUGCUUGAUAUUGUGAAAAGGUGAGAUUCUUCACCAACAUUUCAUUUACUCCUUGUCACGUUGUUAUGCCAAUAUAAUAUAGGUAAUGAAAACAGCAUUUUUAAAAACAAAUAUUGAAACGGUGUAAUGUUGUACCAUUUGCCCUGUGAGCAAAUGCCAAAACAGUGGAUAUAUUGUGUUUGCUGACAAUCAGCCGGGCUUUACAUCUCAUCUUAUUUCUUGUUUUCACAGUAUAAAGUUUUGGUUUGGCCUGGGU